GUACAGCAAAAUUGAUUCCUAAUUUUAAUGUUGAGAUAACAUGUGUGAGGAAAUUGAAGGAUGGGUACAAAGUGGUACCACAUGCUGUUAUAAUUAUUACCACAAUGGAUCAACAUGUGUUCAUUGUCUUGCUGGCUAUUUUGGAGGUGAUUGUGUUCAACAGUGUGGUGCGGGCUUCUAUGGUAAACUAUGUGUGAACAAAUGCGACUGUGAUCUAAAAUUUUGCAAUCAUGAAAAAGGAUGUUUAACUGAUUUUAAAGAACGUUCAAUAUCUGUUCCCAAAAACUCGACACAUUUAAGUCCUCUCCAUGUUUCAACUAUCUUCAAAAGCCAUUCGACUGUAUCUACAACGUCCAAACCUUCAGAAAGUAUGUCUGAAAAUUACGUUACAACAUCCUUCAUCACAACCGAAAGUACUAAUGAUGUUGUAACUACGAGCUCAAAACGUCCAAACAUUGCUACAACCACAACGUCAAGCAAACCGACUGAUACUAACAUUUACCUAAUGGCAAUUGGAGGUGUAAUUGCUCUGUUUCUCGGCAUUCUUAUAAUUCAAUUUUGUGUAAAACUUUGUUUGAAACGACGAAAAUAUUCACAACAGCUUUCUUUGAAACGGACCAAAAGUAGCUCGGUAAAAGAGGAAGAAACAUAUCAAGAUAUUAACGAGGCUUUGAUGACUAUUAGACGAUACGAUAAUCCUAUUGAACAUAGUCAACAUAGCAAAUAUUUCGAACUACAAACAGCAGAGCAAGUUCUUACUUUUGAGCCAUACGAUCAGAUAAAAUCCCAAACACAAUAUCAAGAGAUAGCUGACUCAACUGUCGUAUCAUCAACCAGUUCUGAUUCUAAUAACAGCUCUACAUCAUACCUAAAACCAAAGUCAAGCAAACGACGCAGCUACGUAGAUGUUAUAGAUACUACCUCUUCUUUGAAUGUAGCCAAUGAUCAAGACAAUGUGAAAGUUAAUCAAAAUGGUAAAGAUUUCGAAUUGCAAGCAGCAAAUCCACUCACAGCAGAGUCAUGCGAAAAAAUAAAUACAUGUAUACUUCUGCAAAAUAAAGACAUUGUUGAGACUCACGUAGCUUUCUCAACAAGUUCUGGAUCUAGUAACAGCAAUAAAUCAUACUUAAAGCCAACUUCAAACCAAAGACAUAGCUAUGUAGAGGUUUUGGAUUCAAACGAUAUUCCGCUUCAAGAUACUGUUUUACCUGUGACUGACGGCAGCAGGAACAGUAACUGCAGCGUAUCAUCUCAAUAUCUUGAUCCUAUCCAUAAUGAAAACUUAAUAAAGGGUUGUGAAAUAGGUGACCAUAGUGAUGGAUAUCUAGAUGUUAUACACAAGACUAUUUUCUAAUGCUUUUAACUUGCGAAUGUGGGCCUACGAAGACACUUUUCGUUUGCAUACCAUUUGUUAGCAAUUCUAUGAAUAAUUGGCAUCUGACAUGUUGCUUCUACUUUUGUUCCUUUAGUGAAAACUUGAGUUUUUAUUACUUCUUCAAUUCGAUUUUCAAAUUUUCUAUAUACCUUUUAACUUUUUUAACAAUAAUGAAAAUCCACAAUGGCAGCAUAUUUUACUCAAACUGUUUACGUGGACCAGUCAAACCAACAUAAAAAAGUAUGCAUAAUAUAUUUAUAAAUUGUUGCGAGAAAUUCCAAAUACCGCUCCUUCAUUAUUCGUGAUCUUCUUUGACGCUGUCAUUUUUAUUUCUUCUUCAAAGCAGCCAAUAUCUCCAUUAAAAUUUUCAAGGGUGAUAAGAUUUACGCAAAAAGUAAUGAAACGAUACCUUCGUGCUUAAUUUAUCAGGUACAAAGUUCAUUAAAUGUGCAAAGAUCCAAGUUUGAUAACUUUCGUUUAACAUCAUAUUAGACAUUGUGAAAACGAACGUUAGAUAGUAUACUCCAACAAAUGAAGGUCCAAAUCCCUUCUCUCUUUAUUCUAAUGAUACAUCUGUGUUAUCUCUCAUUGCUUGCAAACUUCCUUUAGAGGAUGGAGCUAAGAAGAAGGAUUUAUAAAAUUUUGACAAAACUUCCUAAGAUAAUUCUACUUUUCAGAUUUAAAGCUACACUUGU